UCACAGCCUCUGAAGGACCCGUUGUGAUACUUCCAGCCGCCUCCCACCAUCGCCUCCGCCGCCUCAACACCGCCACUACCGCCUCCAAGUCCAUCGCGGCCUCCUAACCGUCGCUAAAUCUCCCUCUCCCAUAAUCCGCCAGACCUUUGAUUAUUCUCUUUACCAAAUGGAAGCAUUGGCAAAAGCCAUAAAGCAAAAUACGAUUGUGUUUCUGGGUACAGGGUCUGGCAAAAUGUUGAUUUCCAUAAUGCUUCUUCACAGCUAUGCAGACCUUCUCCAAAAGCCUUCGCACAAUAUUGGGGUUUUCUUGGUGCCUACUAUUUUUUUGGUCCCCUAGAUAUGUCAAAUGUUAAUACUUUGUUUAAACCAUUCUUUUUUCUUGUUUAGGACCUUUCUUACUUAUUUGGGUAAUUGAUUUAAACUGGACACAAUAACUGUGCAUCUGAUCCUUGUUAUUGUUUAGAAAAAUACUCAUAGCAAGCUAAAGCCAUGGCGAUGCACACAAACCUCAAAGUUGGCAAAUAUUGGGGAGAGAUGGGAGUUGACUAUUGGGACGCCAGAAUCUGGAGCCAACAUGUGGACAAUUUUGAGGAGAUGAUGUUGGAGAAACAAGAAGCUGCAGCCUCUGCAUCAGAAGAAGAAGAAAGUUCAACACUUACUCAAAAAGAAAUUUGUGCUUCAUCAAUAAGGUUGAAAUCAGGCUACUUUACUGCUAAACCAUCUAAAAAGACUCCGGCAACUCCAACGAAUCAUUCAGAAACAGAACAACUUAAACAACAAGUAGAGAACUUGUUACAAUAUAAUGAGUCAAGAGAAAUUGUGUUUGAAGCACAGAAAGAGGAGAUCCAUCAGUUGAAGAGUAUGUUGGCCAUUGUUUUAGAAAAAGUUGAAGAAAAACCUCUACAUGAACCAUCAAAUGUAGAAGAUGGCAACAACUCUUAGAUGUGUGGGACUUUAAGGAUCCAAAGAAGUUGAAAGUUUAUUUUGACUUGAUAUACCUUUUGCUUGUUUGUCUUUAUUUGAUGAAUAAUUAUGCUUGGAACAUGUUUUUGAAUAUUAGAUUUGAUGAUUUU